GUAGAGACGCUGUGGUCUCCCAGGAUGUUUGCGAAAGCCACGAGGAGCUUUCUGAGGGAGAUUGACUCCGGUGGUGAUCUGAUUUCGGUGUCAAAUUUGAACGACUCUGACAAGUUGCAGCUGCUGAGCUUGGUGUCAAAAAAGAAGAAACAGUGGUUUUGGCAGAAACCCAGGUACCAGUUUUUGGCCAUCACCCUGAAUGAUGUCCUAGAAGGGAACCAUUCUCUGAAGCCAGUGGUGGUGGAGUCAGACUUUGUGAAAUACGAGGGCACCUUUGACGACAAGGUGAGCGGCAACGUUGAAAGCUCCCUCGGGACAGUGACCCUCCGGGCCGGAGGUAAAGGCCGUGUGAAGAGCAAGCUUUCGUUUGGCGCCCUGAAGAAGCAAGAGGUGGAUUUGCAGCAGCUGAUCAAGAAUGCCUUGGGAAGAACGAUCAAUUUGAAGAACUCUCUGCUACAACAAGUGCUGACAGGGAAAAAUGAGGCUUGUAUCUUGAUCAAGAAGAUCGUGAUGAUGCAGAGUUGUCUGAUGUCUGAGCACAUCCAGAUGGAGGAGAAGCUUGGCGGAGCAGUGGGGGUCCAAAGCAAAACCCUGAGGGUUUCAGUGAAUGAAGGUGUGAACUUGAUGAGAGAUUCCAGUGUCGUCCUGGAGAUCCCUGCCCUCACAGCUAUUGCCUAUAGUGUUAUCGAACUGUACGUGAAGCUGGAUGGCCAGUUUGAGUUUUGCCUGCUCCAAGAGAAAGAGGGGGGCUUCGAGAGGAUGAGGGAAAGCAGCUGGUUUUACACGAGAUUCCAGGUCUCUAGAGAGCCGACCUUGCCCUGUGCGCCCGAUGCUCUGGACGGCUUAGAGCUCUUGGAUGCCGGGAAGCUCACGGUCAUGGAGGGCCCACUGAGUGCCUUCAAAGAAGAGGCAGCUGUGUUGGAGAGGAGUUUCCAUGCCUUCAAGGACCUCCCGGAGCAGCACCGGAAAGCUCUGGGUCACAUCCUCCAAGAAGCACUGAAAGACGAAGAAUUACUUGCUGCCCUCGAAAAAGCGCUGGAAGACACUUACACAAGAGGCUCCUUCCAGCUGGGAGAGGACCAGGAGCCGCAAUCCAUGCAGCAGCGGCAGCAUCUGGUUACUUUCCUGCAGCUAGUGGGCUACGCCGUGCAGCCGGGGGCUCAGCCGCAACUUCCGAAAGAACCGACACCCGGGAACAAGGAACUCCUCAAGACGGCCCACUUCUUCGUCAGCACCCUGGCAGAAAUGCCCGAUUCAUCCCUGGAGCUGCUGGAGAUCUGCUGUGAGCUGCAGAUGGUGCCCGCACUCUGCCGCCUGCCCAGGAUCACAGCUGCUGAUGGCUCUUCUACCCUCCAAGACCCCAUCCUCGCCCCUCUUGCGGACUUAGAAAGAUUUGAGAUUGCACAGAGGUUGUUUGCCUUAUCAAACAUUAACCUGGAAAGAACCAAGUCAUCGGUGAAAGCCACCAUCAUGAAAGAACCGAAAUUUCUCCCUCUGAUUCUUUAUAUCGUGCUGAGUGGACUUUGUGCUCUGGACUGACAUCGCCAGAAUCAGCCCAGUAAACAGGUUUGAUUUAUGGGUUUGUUGGAGAUUUUGACAUCUCUUGAACCGCUUGUGUUUAUAUGGAGUUCUUUAGGGUGAAAGAAAUUACCAUUUG